CGUGCCCACCCCCGGGGGCGGAGCCUGCGCUCAAGCCGGGCGCCGGGUCCUCUGCGGUGCUUGCAGGCCUCACGGUUGCUGGGGUCUAAGGGUCCACGGCCCAGGAGCCGGGAUGCCAGAGGGGCCAUCUGUGAGGAGGUUUCACCAUCUGGUCUCCCCCUUUGUGGGGCAGCAGGUGGUCAAGACAGGGGGCAGCAGUAAGAAGCUAAACCCUGCUGGCCUUCAGUUGCUGUGGCUCCAGGACGCCCAGGUCCAUGGAAAGAAAUUAUUCCUGAGAUUUGAUCCCGAUGAAGAAAUCGUGUGUCCCCGUAGCAGCCCACUGUCAGAGCCUCUGCACGACGAAGAGCACACAAAAGAGGCCAGGCAUCACCAGGAAGUCUCUGACUUGCCCUCACAGUCUGCGGGAGGAGCCCAUGUAGUCCCGAGUGGAGACGAGGGUCCCCCCCAGUGCGUGGGGGGAGACAGCCCCGCUGGAGGUGCUGAGAGGUGGCUGCAGGUCAGCUUUGGUUUGUUUGGCAGCGUUUGGGUGAACGAGUUCUCCCGAGCGAAGAAAGCCAACAAGAAGGGUGACUGGAAGGACCCCAUUCCCAGGCUGGUCCUGCACUUCGGCGGGGGCGGCUUCCUGGCCUUCUAUAACUGCCAGAUGGCAUGGAGCUGCUCUUCCCCAGUGGUCAGUCCUGCCUCUGACAUCUUGUCGGAAAAGUUCCAUCGAGGACAGGCCCUGGAAGCUCUGGGCCGGGACCAGCCCGUCUGCUAUACGCUGUUGGACCAGAGAUACUUCUCAGGCUUAGGGAACAUCAUUAAGAACGAGGCCCUGUUCAGAGCUGGGAUCCACCCCCUUACCCCUGGCUCACUCUUGGGUGCUCUGCGCCUCGAGGCUCUUGUGGACCACGUGGUGGCCUUCAGUGCAGGCUGGCUUGAGGGCAAGUUCCAGGGCAGACAGCAGCAUACUCAGAUCUACCAGAAGGAUCGGUGUCCCGCUGGGCACCAGGUGGUGAAGGAGGCCCUGGGGCCCCCUGGGGGCUUACAGAGGCUCACCUGGUGGUGCCCCCAGUGCCAGCCCAGGUUGCCAGCUGCCGGGCCAGAGCAGGUUCAGCCCCCCUAGGAAGCUCGGGCCCCUUCCUCACCAAGCCUUGCCCCUGAGGACCAUGAUACCUGAGUGUUGCCAAAGGGACGGAGGGCGGGGGUGGGGUCUGGGUAGAGGAGUUAGGGGUGCCCAUCUCACUGGAGUCAAGUCUAAGGCAAUUUCCACAGGCUUGAUUUUGUUCUUUUCCAGUUUUAGUUAGUUCUUCCUAUCUAACUCUACCAUUGUGAAAGAUGAGACAAAUCCUGAUGGCAGUUAAGGGAGCAACCUCCCCAAAUGACAGAGCGACAGUGAAUAUGAGAGCCAGUGGAAGACAGAGCUGUGCCCAGCAUUGCAAGUGUUUCAUUUUCUUUCUUUCUUUUUUUUUUUUUGUCUUUUUGCAUG